UCCGCGAGCACUGGGCACGCAUUCUAUACCAGACAGCGGUUGUCAACGAUCAGCGGUUGACGACGGACGGUUAUAAUAAGUAUCGCCCACCACCGUUCAUCACCCAGCAGAAAGAUGGUUUAUUGGUUAGGAAAACUCUAUCGCGACUACAAAAUUAAAACUAUUAACAGUGCUACUGUUGACUAUUUGUGCUAUGCGUUUCAUUUCCCGCGCCCGAUUUGCAAGAUUAUGGCUUUGCUAUGUAUGGUAUUUUUAUUCUCGGGUAUCACAUCUCACAUAAUCAACUUGAUAUACGUCAUAGCAUUCAAACUGAAAAUAAACUUCAUGUCCAGCCAAAAUUUCAAAUUUUAUGGAGAAAUGAAUUUAAUACAUUACAAGUUGACCGAUGAAAAUGUAGAUAAAACGAUAUAUAUGUUAGUGUACCGAUUGUUUUUUCUGUGUGUAUUCUUAAUUGUCAACUUUUCCCUGUUAAUGGCAACGAACAAGAGAAACAUUAAGAGUAUCGUUAUUUGGUUAUUGGCACACACAACACACAUGUUUUAUACAUUAUCUUUCAACAUUUGGAUUGGAAUUUAUACGCAUACAAUUCCUAUUAUACUUAUUUCAAUUUUCAAUACUACGCUUUAUCUUAUGUUCAUAUUCAUGGUGACAUUAUUUUGGUUGAAUGAACGCUACUCUGCCUGUCAACAUUAUAGAGUUGCUAUUAAAAUGAUUUAAUAAAAAAAAAAGUCAAAAUCUUUAGUCAAUACGUAGAAUACACGGAAUAAUCGAUCAUAUAAUAAAUAGAAACACAGAAACCUGGUACCUGUAUUAUUUGAGUAUUAAGCCAUUAAGUCAUAAAGUGAGAAGCACCAUUGUCCAUUUUAUAAAAUUAUACACUAUAAAAUAAACAACUCGAUUUUGAAAUCAAUAAAAAAAACUUUCAAAGUA